ACUGCCUCCAAACUGCCUGGGGGGUGAUGUGCUGAAGUGGCACAGGGAGAGAAGCAUGAGCCUCCAGCUGGAGAAGCAGCUCCUCUUCCUCUCCCUGCUCUGCAUUCUCUCCAAGGUUUGUGCCCAGCUGUGCCGGAGGCCGUGCUACUGUCCCUGGGUGCCACCCCGCUGUCCCCGCGGCUCCCCCCUGGUCCUGGAUGGGUGUGGCUGCUGCAAGGUCUGUGCCCGGCGCCUGGGAGAGCCCUGCGACUUCCUGCACGUCUGUGACCAGAGCCAGGGCCUCGUCUGUGACUACAGCUCAGCACCUGCGGGGACGGGAGGCACCUGCAACUUUGAGGACGAUGAGGAGGGCUGCGAGGUGAACGGCCGGCUCUACCGAGACGGGGAGGUUUUCCAGCCCAGCUGCAAAAUCCAGUGCCACUGCCUGGACGGGGGCUUCACCUGCAUCCCGCUGUGCCAGGAGGAUGUGAGGCUGCCCAGCCCCGACUGCCCCUUCCCUCGGCGCGUGGAGAUCCCAGGGAAGUGCUGCCCCGAGUGGGUCUGUGAAGGUGCCCAGGAGCAGCCCCUGCCCCAGGAUGCCAGGGCAGCCCCCGGGGCGGUGUCCCCGCUGCUGCGGUACCCCUGCCCGCCGUGGGGCACGGAGUGGAGCGCCUGCUCGGCCACCUGCGGGCUGGGCUUUGCCAGCCGCGUGUCCAACCAGAACCGCCUGUGCCGGCUGGAGACCCAGCGGCGGCUCUGCUCGGCCGGACCCUGCCCGGCCCUGCCCGCAGCGCUGCCGGCGAGGGCAAGAGGAGGUCGUUUGUAGCUGUGCCCACCCCGGAUUCACCCUGGAGCCAACGCCUCAUCCUGGCAAAGAGUCUGGCACAAACCCAUGGCACUGUGGUUAUGGUGAAGAUGGAGGGUGUUUCCACCGGGAAAACAGAGAAGAAAUGAUGGACUUGGGCUGCAAAGGAGGCUGGAAACAGAGAACAAGAUCCCUGUGUCACCCUUCACCUGCCUCCUCUGCACACCCCGCUGCCCCAGGCAGGGGUACUGGGCAGCAUUCCGAGUUCCUUAGGCUGAAUGAAAUGGGGAAAUCCUGCUCCAAGCAUAAACCCACCCAAGAAACCAGGAAUUGGUCCUUUCCUGGACCAGUGGGGCUUCUGAAGAGAUGAUGCUGCUUCUCUGCCACAUCAUGCAGCUCUGCUUUGCAGGGACUUCAGGAAAGACCAUCUCCAGCACCUGGAAGCCAAAACUCCCUGGAGGGAACCCUCAUGCCCUGGCCCCCCGGGGAGGGAGCAGCUCAUCAAGCUCCCUGUGACCCCACAAGUCACUGCCACACCAGGCUGAGCUGCUCAGCCACGCAGGAGCUCAGCCAGCCCAUGGUACCCACCCUGCCUUCCCAGGCAUGGGCAGGGUCCUCCUGAUGGCACCUCUAACUCACCUUCCCCUCAUCCCUCCAGAAUAAACACGAGCCUUCCCGCUCUGCCUGGCCCCCUCCUCUGGUGGUUUGGCAGGCCUUCGGCAAGCCAGGAGCUCAGACAGCAGCAGACAGACCCGCCUGCCAUCCAAGCACAUUCCCCGCGAGCCGGGGCCGAGGGAGAAGAGGGAAAAGGGAAAACAAAUCGCAAAGAUGAGUCGGGGCCGUCUCCUGACGGGCUGGAGCUGCUCCAGCCAUGCAGGAGUCGGCACAGGAGAACUGCUCGGCUGCUCUGGCUGUACUUUGUCCCAGUAAAAAGUGCUUCUGGGUGAUGGAAAGUGAAACCCAAAUGCCCUCUAACGGCCUCGCACAGAUGUGCAGAGGGA